CAUCACAUCAUUUCGUUCUCGCGGACAACAAUUACACACACACACCACCGAUGUAGGUUACAACGUGCGAGCAAUCAGAUUUCCAUCGAUCACGCCUUUUGCUAUUUCCAGUCUGCACACAGCAGGAUCCCCGCGGUUGGCUCACCGGGGGUCAGGGUGUGAACAACACGGCGAGCGCGAUGCCAACCACAGCAGCGACGACGACCCCAUCCGAACAAACGGACGAAGAAAAUUCGGGGUCGGUCGCACCUCCUACGGGUUGCUCCUUGCUUCCGAACGACGGGAACGGCAAUCCGAACGACCGUUGCGCGGAAAAUUCCGGAAAAGGCACCGACAAAGCCGCCAAAAAGGCCAGGAAGCGACUCCUCAACAAACACCUGAAACAGCGCAACAAGCUUCGAAAAUACGAGACACGGGUACAACAGGGAAUCCUGCGAAAAGACAAGUCGCUGGAGGAAGAGGCACGAAAGGAUUGGGAAAACUACAAACAGCUCCUGCAGAACGAUCCCAACAGCGUGCUCAACUAUACUGGCGAGGAAGAAGCUCCGGGCACGACCGCAAGCGUCUGUCAGACAGGCUCGCAUUGCUGCCAAUUGAACCAGAGCUCCCGCUAUCGGCACUCGCACCAGUCGCUCCGUUCGUCGGAGGACCGUGAAACGAAGAGGGUUCGAGAAGGGGGGGCAUGGCUGCUCAAGUUCUGGAUGAAAAUGGCGCCUUUGUUGGCCCUCUCGUCGCCGCCCAGUAACAACGACAACGACAGUCCGGGAUCAAAACCAAUAACGUCAAAAACAACCAAGGAACAACAAACCAUUCGAGCAGCGAAACUCAAGGCCAACAUGGAUCGGGGGACCCAAACGGAAUCCAUGUUUGACGACGACAUGGCACUGCUGGGGUACACGAGACAAAAAUUCUACGAGCGAGCCCUCCUGGCCUUUGCUUCGCUGGACCGAUUGGAUCCGUGCCACAGAGAAAACGAGGGUGACGCCGCAGUGGAUGGUACGGAAGGGGGAAAGGAUGGCAAUGCCGGGGGAAUCGGAACUCCGCGUGGGAAAAGCGCGGCAGAGCGGAAACUAGUGGAUGGCAUGUGGGGCCGCCUGAUCGGCACCAAGCAAGUGGUCAGCAUCGGUUGCGGUCCCGGUUGCGACGCAACGGGGGUCCUGGCGUUUUUCGAGUCCCACGGGGCGCAACUCGAAAACGGGAUCUUGCUGAUGGAUUUUGUCGUCGAUCGGUGGAAACAGAUCGUCCUCGACCAGCUCAUCGAAAGGAUUGUUCCGCGGUACGUGCCGUUUGUUAGGGCCGUCGGUUGCGAUGUUCGAGAUUCCUUGUUGCCAACGGAGCAACACCCGAACAAACAAGACAACAAGAACCACCGUGCCCUGUUGGAGCUCAGGAAAGAGUCUCCCAGCCGCAACCGAUUGAUUGUGGUUUCGUAUCUCUUGACCGAGACGCGGCACAAAUGGAAGUCCUUUUUUCACCACCUCCUGUCCAUGUUGCAGGGGACCGAGAGCCUCUUGUUGCUGACGGAACCCACGGCCUGGCAAUUGCACGAGUUUCUGGCGUGCUUCAGCAGCAGCGACGCGGACCUAGUGAGGGCCCACGUGUGGCUGGACUCGUCCCGCGAUUUGCCCCACAUGCAAAGCCUAGACAAACGAAACGGCCCGGCGAUCUUGAUGGUCUGCACCCACUAGUAGUAGGAGGAGUUCGUUCCAUUCCGAGCGGUGUCGAGCCGCGUGUAAGAAUUCUAGAUGCUAUAAACCACUCAAAUCUUU